GCAGCCAGGGCUGCAGGAGAAGCCUGAGCGGAGGCAGAUCCAACCAUGUCGGGCGGGUCCUGACACGGUAACCAUAACAGAAAGAGAAUCCAGUUAUUGUAUUUCAUAUUAUGUAUUUCAUAUUAUUCAUAUUAUGUAUUCAUAUGUAACCAUAUGUAAGAUCCAGUUAUUGUUUUUCAACAUCAUGCCAUAAAAGUCAGGUAUCUUUCCACUUGUUCAUCAAGAUGGAAAAUUCAGGUUCCGAUGAUGAAGAAGAUGAAUCUGCUGCCCGGCGCAGAAGGCAGAUGACCCGAUUGCUCCGGGAAGAAGAUUUCUAUCAAUUUGUAAAUAAUCUGAGUGAAGAAGAUUACAAGCUUAUGAGGGAUAACAAUUUGCUAGGCAUCCCAGGUGAAACUACAUUAGAAGAGUUGCUGAGGAGACUUCAACGAAUUAAAGACAACGUAGCACAAAAUUCAGAUGAAAAUAGAGGUGGAAGACAUUCUUCUGACAGUGUAUCUAGUAGUGACUCUCUAUUAGAAUGGCUUAACUUUUUCGAGCAAACUGAAAAUGUGACAAGUGAGGAAAGUGAAAACCAAUCUUGGGAAGAAUCGAGCUGGAUUAAUUCAAACAGUGAUGAUUCCAGAUUCAAUUCAGAAAUAAAUUUUAACCUUGAUAAUGGGAGCCCAAAUCUAGAGAACCUAUAUGUACCAUCUACAAGACUUACCAGAGGAGACAAUAUGGAAAACAGCCAAAGGCAAGUGGAAAAUCCACAAUCUGAAUCAACAUUUAUAAGACCACCUAGAUCAGAACAAAGUACAACUGAAACAUUAAUAGAAGUCCCAGUUACCAGAGUUCGGCGAAGAGCAAGAAGCAGGAGCCCAGAGCAUCGGAGAACCAGAGCAAGAACUGAAAGUAGUUCAGCUCCAAAUUCAAUGAAUGAAUGUUUACUAAGAUUUCAUCAGAAUAUAUCACCUGAGACGUUUGAGUACCUUCAGGUAAAUGAGGCUGACAUAUUUUCUAGAAUUCAGCAACAAGUAACAACAUCAAGACAGCAAAUAACUGGACUUGAGCUGCAAAAUAGUGACCUUUUUACAACGUCUGGAACAAGGAGUGCUAUUGAAGAAGAAAGUUGGUCAGACACAACCAGUGAUGAUGAAUCUUGGGAAUUGGAACAGAUAAAUCCAAUCAUACCAUUUCAUCUUGAAGUAGGACAAGUUCAUCCUGGGGCAUAUUCUCAUAGAGAUGAGAGAGCUAGCAGAACUCCUUUAAUAUCUGAGACACCAAACAACACUGUCAUUUUACAAAGUGAACAAGGAGGAUUUGGGCACAUGUUUCCAUAUUUUGAGCAGACAGAAGAAAGAAUUUAUGUCAGUACCAUCAGAAUUCCCAUUCAUAGCAUUUUAAAUACUGGUUUAAAUGAUACAACAUCUGUUACAAUUCAGAGCACAUUUACAGAGACAGUGACAGUAUUUAGUGACUCAAGUGACUUCAUGGACAGUGACAGUGAUUUAGUGUACAGUGUCUCACCCUCAAGUCAAAACAUGGAAAGGGCAGAGUCACCAAAUGAAAGAGAUGAUUCUGAUGGUAGGACUAGUUCUGAUUUCCAUCCAAAUUUUGCAUUGAUUUCUAGUUCAAAUUCCAGCUAUGUGUCUAGUUUCAAUUCUAGUCCUAUUUUCAGUUCCAGCUCCAGUGAUGAAAAUUCAACAAUUAGUUCAAUAAUGUUUGAAGGCAGUAAUGAAAUAAGGACACCAUCAGGCUCACCAUCAGAAAGCAGGCAAGAAAGUACAUCUAUGAGCUCAAUAACAUUUGAUGAUAGUGACUCUUGGACCUCUCUUAAUCUGGACCACUUUUUCGUCUUGAAUGAAGACAAUCACGACCAACCUACAGGACUCACCAAAGCACAAAUUGACAACCUGGCUGUAAGAUCUUUUGGUGGAAGUGGUGCAUUAAAAGCCUGUAGCAUUUGCAUCACAGAGUACACAGAAGGCAACAGACUUCGCAUCCUACCUUGCUCCCAUGAAUUCCAUGUCCACUGUAUCGAUCACUGGCUGUCAGAGAACUCCACCUGUCCUAUCUGUCGUGGGCAAGUAGUGGGUUCUGGUGAAAAAGAAAAUUCUAAUUGAGAUCUGAAUCCUUAUCUAUAUAAACUGUUAUAGUGAUGGACAAACUGUAGUCACCUGCCUAAUGUCCACUUUUGGAAUGAUUCUUAAAUAUAACAAUCUGAAUCUAAUUUAAAAUCGAGUCCCAAUGUAACAAUCUGAACUGACUCAUUGGUUCCUGAAGGAAUGACUGGACUUUCUCCAAUUUCUCUUCCAGAAUAAAAGGAUAUGUUUAAAAACGAAACAAUACUAUCCUGUCUGACAGGAAAAACAAAUUUCACACUACAGUGGAUCACUGAAUUUCAAAAGAAACUUAGCAGGUACACUGGGGUAGGAGGAAUGUUCCUGAUUCCAUGAAAAAAAUGUCUGAAUAUAUAACCAAUUCAGAUAGAAACUAGUAGUCUUAUCUAGUCAUGCAAAUCCCAGACGUCUCAUAUCCCUAUCCCAUCUUAGAUGUGCAUACAAAGAGACAGAAUACAACCAAAAUAAUUAAGCGAGUAAAGAAUUUAUUAGACCUCUUUUCCUACUGGAACCAUGGAGGGUGUAGAAGAGAAGAAAAAAAAAAAAGGUUCCUGCUGUGCAAGAAACCCUUAAAAAA